AUGACUUUGGACAAAGACCAACCGAAUCAGAUUCAAGACCUAUCCCUAAACUUUAGUUCAGAUUCUCUUUUCGCUUUAACAGAUAAGAUAAAAGCGAGUGCUGAAGGACGGAUCAGUUGGGGUGACACCUUUGGAAUGGGGCUUGGCGCGAAGAAUGACAAAUACUUGCUCAUUUGGACGCCAAAGAAAUCGUCCGAAGGGCAAAUCCUCCCCGGCUUCGACUCAGAGGACGGUGAGCUCACACUCAAAAUGAGACCGAGACCCGGCGCAUGGAUUUCUUGGGUUGACGAAGCCAAAGUGGCGACGGAAGCGAAGGAUGACCAUGAUCGUGUUCGCAGGAGUGUGCAAGAGCUGGAGCGUAACACGCGUCAAGUGACAGACUUCGCUGAUGGUGUUCUCAAAGAUAUCAUCACCGUGCAUCUAGGCGAAUCCCUCACGUUGUCAGAGAUGGUGCAAGAGGUUUUGAAAGUUGAGUUCACAAUACCAACCACUGUCAAAACCGGCGGAUAUGUCCUCGCAUCAUCUCAAGAAACCGCAUCCGGAUUAGCGAAGGUCAUUAUUCCAGAACAGACGAAUAUUCACGGUGUGCAUCUGAACGAGGAUGAGCUGAUCGAUUCAGUUGCCAACAGUGACUACAAUCGGCUCUUGGUUAUUCAUCGUACGCACAUCAAACACUAUCCCGAUCUGCUCGACGUUAACUACUGUUUAAGGCUUAGUGAGUAUUUCCAGGGUAAACCGACACAGGAAGAGGAGGGGCAGAGCAAAUUGCCUCAGCCUGUACAAGGCUUAAAACCGAUAGGGAUAUUUCCAACGGCGGCAGUCUAUAAUCCAUUGUCUCCGGACAGUAUCGAAUUCGUUGUUACCGCUCUCAAUGGUGACUACGAUGCGAUCCGUGAAGCCGUUACCGAAUCCUCUGCGAUUAUUGAUGAGUACGUGUCGCAGGCGAAUCAACUUGCACACGAAAUCAUGACGAAUUUCCAAGGGCGUAUUGAUAGUCGGCUUCAAGCACUCACACUCCAACCGGGUCAACGGAUUUAUGAGAGGGUUUGGGAUGACCUAGCAAUUGACGAGCUGCGAAAUCAGCUAUUUGAAAUCAGCGAAUUUUUUGGCAAAUAUAUCGGUGAACACCUAGAUGAAGAUAAGGUGGAAUCUAGGAAAGAAUCGCUUAGAAACAGUAUUGAUUCAAUCAUCGAAACAUGGCAACUUCAGGACUCGCGCCAAACCACUAUCAGACACCUCAUCCUAGCUGGCUACAAAUUGGCGAAUCAAGUGCUGGAUCAAGCGACUGGACUUUUCUACGAUCUUGUAUUUGAAAAGCACUUUAUUGAGACUGGGCUGCUUCGUACAGUUGAAUUGAUGGUACUUGAGGAGGGGGAACUGCUAGAUGAAAUUCGCUUGCCAGAGUGGACAGACAAAACAGUACGCGACCGAAUUUACCGCCUUGCGUUGAAUCCGACUAUCCAUCCCAAACAGAUUGAAAGGCUUCGGGACUUAUGGGUAAAAUUGCUAGAGAUUGCAAAUUUUGCGGACAGGCAUCAGCAACAAUUUGAAUCCAUUCUCAAACCGCUGUCUGACGUUCUGUUAAUGCCUAAGGAUUUUGCUUCUUCAGGGGGGAAUGCGGGGACACGCAACAUCUCGCUCCGAAGAGGGAAUACGUUUGAAGGAUUUGGAAUUUCGGAGAAGAUAUUUGAAGAUGUCCUGAAUCGCCUCCACGACAAUUUUCCUGUGAUUAAACGUUGGAUUCAAAAUACUCCUGAAGAACGGAGCGGACAUGAACCCUAUUAUAGGACAUUAUGGACAAUACUCACCGAGGGGCUGGUUCGAGAGCAUCUUUGUGAAGAUUUUCAGCCAAUUUUCGACAUCAACCUCAGUCUCCCGCUAGAAACGAAGAGGCUGAUGGACCUUGUGCUUGGUGGAAAAAUUGUUAUACGCAAUGAGAAAGAUUUAAACACUCUGAAACGGAAUCUUGGUCGUGCCUUACAGGCGAAAAUUGGUCGUGGGCUACAGGAAAUUAGUACACCUGCUAUGCUGCAAAUUCAUAGCGAUACCACCUUGUGUACACUUCGCGAGGAAUUGCUAACAUAUCAGCAGACGCUUGAUAAGCAACUUGCCCGCGCAGCGAAUCCCAAAGCCUCCAAAAAGCAGGGCAAAGGGAAAAAAGGGCGGAAAAAGGGACAAUCCCCCGAAUCCGCUAUAAAAGUGAUAGCGGCAAUUGAAGAGGAAAAACCGAAGAUCGCUGAACUUAUAGAGUUCCUGAAUUCCUAUACCAAUGCGCCAUUAACGCUGCUGGAGACAGUGAUAACUCCGCAUUCUCAGCAAAUCAAUCAGAUACGGGAGCAUCAAGUACUGAAUUUCGACCUGCAAUCGCUGCCGCCCAUUGAAGAUACAUGGCUGGAGGAUGUGAAAUCUCCGGAUGAGUAUCCGAAUUUGCGUGCAUUUCUGUUUGAAAAUAAGUUGCCUAUCUCCACCACCGGGCGCGCAUUGACGAAGUUGAGAAGGAUUUUUCCUGACCCCAUUGGUGCGGGGGAUGCUUCGGUGAAUGUGUUUAAUAUCGCCGUAGAUCUACUCCUAGAGUUAAGAGUUCUCCAAGACGCCGGCUAUGAAGGCGAUGCGCUGCAACAAUAUGCAGGCUACAUUUCUGAAAAGUUAUGGCGAUGGGAACUAACACAGAUUACAGAAGCAGAGUUGCCAAUCCUGAUCAAAGAGAAGGUGUUAUCCUCGCUAAUCUGUUACGAAAAGGAGGUCGAAGCACUCCUAGAAUACGUUGAGCGCUACGAGCGGUUAUUAGAAACAAAGCUUGCUCCUGAAUCUGAGAUGAAUAAACAGCGCGAAUUGCUAGAAGAAAACUUCCAGACGCUGAUUCAAACGCUUUUAUGA